AUGGAACGGAGAGUUUUCGUCAAACAUUGGGCUUCAAAGGACAUGGCAUCGAGCUUCGACUUCACAACGUGUAAUCUUCUUGUUGCAAUUGAGCAACAGUCGCCAAAUAUUGCUGGUGGCGUUCAUGUAGACAGAGCUGAGGAAGAUGUUGGUGCUGGUGAUCAGGGUACCACAGAACACAAGACCACUUACGCUUGCUUUGACUACAAGACAUGCAAUGUGCUCUUGGCCCUGGAGCAACAGUGUGUGGAAAUUGCUAAUGGGGUGCACGUUGGGCGCAGCGACGACGAUAUAGGGGCGGGAGAUCAGCCCCACCAAGUUCCUCUACUUGGCAGUAAUGGGAAAUCAUGGUUAGUGCGUACAGUAAAAUGUAAAACCCAAGGAGUGUCUACAGCUUUAAAACUGCACAGUGUUGUAGUUGUAAAUCUUGUAUUGCAGUUGAUGUAUGAACUUGCAGAAUUUUAUAUUUAA